UUUUAAUCACAGCAGGUUUAUGAAUAUGACGGUAUUAUUCAGUGCAUGAGGGGAAUAGAACCUUCACUCAGGCGCAGAUUGAGGUUCUAAAGUGACACUGUAUCCCUGGAAAUAACUGCACGGUCAUCCAGAAGAAUAGUUUUUGAAGGUUGAAGUUGAAGGACGGAUUUUCGUCGGGAAUUCAAGUCAACCGACGCCAGAGAUGCGUGUGUGUGUGCUGGUGGGUAUGCUGAGUGUGUGCAGCGCGCUCAUCUGCCCCGAUGGAGGAAUGUGUGACGACGAUAACACCUGCUGCAAGUCACAGCGGGGCGGAUACGGGUGCUGCCCGCUGCCUAACGCCGAGUGCUGCUCAGAUCACCUGCACUGCUGCCAUGAGGGAACGCUGUGUGACCUGGAGCACGGCAAGUGCGUGAACAGGACACACACUCUGGAGUGGGUCAGUAGAGUCGCUGCUAAGCAGAACACCCUGCUUCAGGCAGUGGUGUGUCCUGACCAGGAGUCUGAAUGUCCUGAUGGCACGACCUGCUGUCAGAUGCCUGAUGGGAGUUGGGGCUGUUGUCCAAUGCCUGAUGCGGUGUGUUGUGAAGAUAAAAGACACUGCUGUCCUCACGGCACGACCUGUGACCUCUCGCGCUCCAAGUGCGUAUCGUCCACGCUCGGCUCCACCCCUCUCCUGAGAAAAUUCCCCGCCAUCCACAAAGACGAUCCAAAAGACGCAGUGCGGAAAGAGACGUCCGUGAAGUCCCCGCAUAGUAACGAUGUGACUUGUCCAGAUAAGGUGUCCAUGUGCCCAGAUGACACGACCUGCUGCAAACUAGAAAACGGGAGCUACGGCUGCUGCCCGAUGCCAAACGCCGUAUGUUGUGAAGAUCAUGUGCACUGCUGUCCCGAAGGCACAACCUGCGACCUUGCACGCAGCACCUGCGUCUUGGACAAUGAGCUCACAGGGAUGGCUCGCGGCAAGGCCCCGCCCAUUCUGCGCUUAAAAUUGACGAGUAAAGUGGACGUGGUGCCCUGUAACGAAUCGGUAGCGUGUGCAACCGGCAACACCUGCUGUAAGAGACAAGACGGUCAGUGGAGCUGCUGUCCGCUGCCUGAGGCGGUGUGUUGUGAGGACCACAUCCACUGCUGCCCUCAUGGCACUGUGUGUGACCUGUCCAAGGGCACUUGUGAUGACCCUCUUGACCUUUCGCUGUCCGUUCCCUUGGUGAAGAAAGUUCCCGCCUUCCCACAUCUUUCGCAGCCUGCCAGUGAAAAAUGUGACGAGUCGUUUUCAUGCCCACAAGACACGACCUGCUGCAAGACGGCUUCCGGGUCGUGGGGAUGCUGUCCUCUGCCACAGGCUGUGUGUUGUGAGGAUCAUCGACACUGCUGUCCCCACAACACAGUGUGUAACUUGGUGACCGAGACGUGUGACAGUGUCCUUGAUGCGGGUGUCCGCUUGACCGUGCCCUGGGUGAGCAAGAUGCCCGCUGUGGCCCUGGUGUCCGAGAACGAGCACUGUGACGAGACAUCAGUGUGUCCGACCGGUACAACCUGCUGUAAAGAGAAAUCAGGAGCUUGGGCCUGCUGCCUGCUGCCACGGGCUGUUUGCUGUGAAGAUCAUGAGCACUGCUGUCCUCAGGGAUACAAGUGUGACGUCGCUCAUGAGUCCUGUGAACACCCUUCUCUACCCAGUGUGCCGUGGGUCAGAAAGCAGCCCGCGCUGAGGGUGACGCACAGCUCAAACCCCAGCGCGAACAUGGAGUCGGGCUCGCAGCACGGACACAAGUGUGAUGCGUGGACCAGCUGCCCCAAAGGCAACACCUGCUGCUACAUGGCAAAACUCAGCAAAUGGGGUUGCUGCCCUCUGCCACAGGCUGUGUGUUGUGGGGACGGAGAUCACUGCUGUCCCAGCGGAUACACCUGCGAUCAGGAGAAACCUGCCUGCGUCAAGGGAAACCUGCAGAUCCCGUGGUUCACAAAGCAGCUGGCUGUGAGCACUCAGGGGUCAGAGGUCACGAGUAGCCUUGGGGAUGUGAAGUGUGACGACACGACCAGAUGUCCAGCGGGCACCACCUGCUGCAGAUUAAACACAGGGACGUGGGGCUGCUGUCCACUGGUUCAGGCGGUGUGUUGCGAGGACCACGAGCACUGCUGUCCUCAUGAAUACACCUGUGACCUGCAGAACAAAACCUGCAUUAAAUCUUCCAACACACGCACCGUUGCACUCACGCUCGUGAACGCGCACUCUGACCAAGACGAGGUGACGUGUGACGCGACAAGACGUUGCUCGAAGAGUCAGACCUGCUGUCGGAUAUCCGACGCUGAGUGGGCCUGCUGUCCAUUUCACCAGGCGGUGUGUUGUAAGGACAUGAAGCACUGUUGCCCCAAGGGAUAUACCUGUGACCCUGAACACCGUUGCACUAAAGCGUCUCCACUCACGUGGUGGGACAAUUUGCUGUAGAGAAACGUCACACCAGGCUUUAGUUUAGAAUGGCGCUCAAAUCAGAAUGAGGGACUACACUCCGACAGCAUAGCUAUGGGUUUUUUUAGGUUUUGGCUUUCUUUUUUUUUGUGAUUGAGGAAGGCUGAUGGCUCAUUUGUGCUGUUUCCAGUCUCUAAAAAAAAAAAAACAACUGACCUUGAAAUGAUAACACUGAUAGUUGUUUUUGUUUAGUUUAUUCAUAUGCAAAUUGUGCCGUUUAGUUUCCACAUGCAACACCUGAUUAAAACCUUUUCUGAACUUUGUCAGAGAAAUUUUUACAGUUUUUCUUUCUUUUCUCCUCGGGUAUGAAACAGAUAGAAAAACUUCUUGUGCCAUUUUUUUAAAAAUGAAAACAUGAAGUGUUGAGUCACUGAGACAGAACUGAAUGUAUUGCAUAUCUAAACUGCACAAUCUUAAUAGCCUUCAGUUCCCCAAGCACAAGCUGCAAGUCAGGAAUAAAAAUGCUCACGUUUGGAAAAUUAGGAAGGCUUUAUUUGCUGUGAUACCAUUUAAGUGUGAUCGUGACUGGUCGAUCUUCCCUGCCUGGGCAGUCCACUCUGCCCUACUCCUCCUCUGGAUUAUUGCUCUCCUGGCUGGCUCGCCAAAUUUGUCAUUAAUUCGUUCCCUUCAAAGGAAAAGGCAACUUUUGUACAAAACCAGGUGUGUAAUAGGAGAAAAACAUGUACGUAAUCAAUUCCGUUAAUUAUUUCCAUUAUAUAUCGAACAUGAAAAAAUAUUUUUAACUUUGAAAUCAUGAAUUGACACAGAGGAGUCGAAGUUGGACGAGUCAGCCAUUUUGAGAUUGUGGGCAACUAUAAACCAAUCAGAAUCUUUCGUUAAUGCGCCUCCCUCUGAUCUGUGACGUCAUUGGGCCCAUGAAAAGAGUGUUUACAAGCAGAUCACUGUGAUUCGGAGUCCCGGCGGGUGGCUUGUAUUCGAUUCGUUUAUAUCCCGACCUUAUCAGCUGUCAGAUUUAUGUUCAUGGACCCGGUAAGCUGGUAAAUAAGAUUUAUUUAUUUUUUUCUUUACCAAAUUCUAACAGGCGGCACGGUGGUGUAGUGGUUAGCACUGUCGCCUCACAACAAGAAGGUCCUGGGUUCGAGCCCCAGGGCCGGCGAGGGCCUUUCUGUGUGGAGUUUGCAUGUUCUCCCCGUGUCCGCGUGGGUUUCCUCCGGGUGCUCCGGUUUCCCCCACAGUCCAAAGACAUGCAGGUUAGGUUAACUGGUGGCUCUAAAUUGAGCGUAGGUGUGAAUGUGAGUGUGAAUGGUUGUCUGUGUCUAUGUGUCAGCCCUGUGAUGACCUGGCGACUUGUCCAGGGUGUACCCCGCCUUUCACCCGUAGUCAGCUGGGAUAGGCUCCAGCUUGCCUGCAACCCUGUAGAAGGAUAAAGCGGCUAGAGAUGAUGAGAUGAGAUGAGAUGAGAUGAGAAAUUCUAACAGAAAACGAGAGCGCCCGAAAGGGAAAACCGAGCCGAGCCGCUUCACGCAUGCGCAGUAGGCUUGGUAGGACAAAUCCAAAUAGGAGUCAUUCAGGAUUCAGCCAUGUUUUUGCUCCGUGUUUUUACUCGACCAAAGUUCUACAGUAUUAUGAGCUUUAAGUUGCAUAAAUAAAACCAUUUGGUGAAACUUUGAAGAAGCGAUUGUACUGGUUUUUUACCUUAUUACCAUGAAGCACUGAAGAGUUAUUUUCAGUGGUGGGCCGCAUGACGUCACGCAGUAGAUCAAUAUGGCGGAACGCAUCUUCGCUGAGCUCAGCGCAAGCCCAUAUUAUUAAAAGUUAAAAGAUGCUGUUAUGCGGUCUGUUCUUUCUCUAUAAAUUCCAUGAUCGAUUACUUUAUACAUUUAUCUAUCUAUUUGUGGUGAUUUUGUACAAAAGUUGCCUUUUCCUUUAAUCGUGGAUAAUAACCCAGAACCAAGCAUGGCAAGCGCACCAGUUAUGACACGUUAUUACUACAAGUCAUCCAAAGUUAGCUUGGGAGCUUUAUUGAUGAAGGAACACGAAUGUUACUUUACCGUCCACUUUGGAUAUUUGAUCAUUAUUUGCGACAGAAUUCUUUGUGCACUUGGGAGAUUUAAAAUUUUUGCUUAAUUUGUUAGAUGGAUUUGCCUUUUGAUUGUGUGAUAGAAAACGUGCUGCGUAUUAAGAUUUCGAAGGCCACGAUCGCAACUCAAGCAAGUGUAGUUUUUAGAAACUAAGUUAGUUUUUUUUUUUCUUUUCAUCCUCCCAAGUGGAAUAUCUGGCUUUGAGAUAGGACUAAAAUGUGAUGUUUAACUUGCUUUUAGUGAUAUGUUAUCUACAUGGUUUAAAUCAAGCAUUGUUGGCUUCCCCCCCCCUUUUUUUGUUUUAAUGGUUUUGUUUCUGAUGAGACCUGUCAAGAAUGUGGAAAUAAACAGUUUGAAAUUUGA